CCGAGCUGGGCAUCAAAUGUGUCCUCCUCGGAGAUGGGGCGGUGGGCAAAACCAGCCUGAUCGUCAGCUAUACCACCAAUGGGUACCCAGACCACUACCAGCCGACAGCCCUGGACACCUUCUCAGGUCCUGGUAGAUGGUGCACCAGUCCGUAUCCAGUUAUGGGACACUGCAGGACAGGAAGACUUUGACUGCCUCCGUUCGCUCUGCUAUCCUGACACGGAUGUCUUCCUGGUCUGCUUCAGUGUUGUAAAUCCCACAUCGUUCCAAAACAUUAUAGAAAAAUGGAUUCCUGAAAUACGAACUCACAAUCCCCAAACUCCAGUGGUGCUGGUGGGAACACAGGCUGACCUACGUGAUGAUGUCAACGUGCUGAUCAGCUUGGACCAUUACCAUGUAAAGCCUGUGCCAAGAGCUCAGGCUGAAGGCCUGGCAGAGAAAAUCCGGGCCCAGACUUAUGUAGAGUGCUCUGCCCUAACUCAAAAGAACCUGAAGGAGGUUUUUGAUACAGCCAUUGUCAGUGCAGUUGAACACAAGGCGCAACAGGAAAAGAAAAUGACAGCCAAGGGAAUCAAGACCCUCUCCAAAUGCAGAUGGAAGAAAUUCUUCUGCUUUGUCUGAAGUUACUUUGGCCUACAAACCAGAACUGGAUCUCAGAGCUUUUCCCAGAGAGGGUGAAGUGACUAAGUAACAGCUAUAGCAAUGAGAGCACUGAAUAUCAAGGUGACUUGGAAUCCCAGCUCUUGUGGAGCUGUGGCAGACUUUCCUGGAAGACAGGAAGUGGAACUGUGAAGCAUCAGGCCACUGAAUGGUCUUGUGUAGCCUUGAAGAAACAGAGAUGGUUUGCUCAGUGCUGAAUGAAGACCUUUUGCUACCUGAGCCCUUGGGAUUCUGUAGGGCAGGGUACGUUGUAUGAAGGAGCACCAGUUGUAUCUCUCUCCCCUGAAAGGGCAGAACCUUUCUGAGUGAAACUGUGUGAAAAGACCUUGGUGAUUCCACAAAGUCGGUGUGAUACAGAGCUGAUUCUGAAGCAACAUUUGAAUCCCAUCUGAUGAAUUUUUCUGAAGUGUUCCCCCAGAUCUGUUUAUGGGAAACAUACUUAGUAUUCUGAGGGGAAACAGUAAGCGGGUUUCAGGAGGAAUGUAGGGCCCUACUGAUGGGAUAAUUCCUGGAUAAACUCCAUGCGCAAUCCAUUCUGAUGUAACAUUUUCAUACUGUUGCAAAUGCCCACUUUCACCCGGGUGCUUCUGGAUGAUGCUUUUAAUGUACAGUCCUCUUACUUCAAACAAGAUGGAGGGGGAGGUGUAUACACUACCAGCUCACACAAAUUCUUUAGAUCCGACCUGGAAGUAAAGACGGUCCUCCGAGAAACAGAACAACUAGGCCAUAAACAUGUCAAAGUCAAAAGUAUACUUGAAUCACUUUAUCAUAAUGUUUAUUUGAAAUAUUAUCUGCUGAAAUGUUAAAAGGCAUCAAUUCUCAAUCUUUGACUUUGAAUUCACUCCACGCAAAGAGCAGGUACAAAUGUUUUAAAUGGAGUAUCAGGAAAAAAGAGACCAGGGAUAUAUAUAAAAUAAUCCCCACUGUAGAAAAUGUGACUUUCAGGGCUUACAAUGGAAUGUUUGGUUCAGGCAUGAGAACCAGUAGUUGACUUAGAGCCUAAUCUACCUCACAGGAUUGUAGCAAGGAGGGAAAAGCUUAUUGUAAUCCACUCUGAUAUCUUCAGAGAGAAUAGAGGGAGGUAAAAUCUGCCAGAGGGACUGAAAGCUACGGUGGCUUCCAAGGGAUUUUCUAGGAAGAGAAAAUAGUCCAGUAGCUGACAAAGAACUUUUUGUGUACUACUUGGCAUAGUGAUCUAGACCAGUGAUUCCCAACCUUGGCUCCCUAGAUGUUUUUGGACUACGACUCCCAGAAAUCCUAGCCAGUACAGCUAGUGCUGAAGGCUUUGGGGAGUUUUAACCCAAGGACACCUGAUGUAGACAGCUACCACUGAACUUAAAGAAACUCAUACUUAAAAGAUCAUGGAAAGAAAGAGGAAAUAGAAGGUUGCCAUUUUCUGUCAAAAGAAAUUAUGUUGUAGUGGUACAGCUGGAUCACUUCUGGAGUUUAAAUGUAAAUAAUGGCCCAUUUAAGAUGAAUGUAGUGAUACUGAAAGAAAUGUAAGAGAAUUUCACCUUUGUGUAAGACAGAUAUUGUAAAAGGGAAGAGAAAGGCAUGGAAUGAAAGUGGAAAUGAGAAGAAGGCAGAAGCAUGUGAAAAAAAGAAGCAGGGGAAGAAAAUAAGUGAAAAAAAGGCAGAAGGAAGUUAGGAAGGAGGGAAAUUAAAGAAGUAAGAGCAAAAAAGAAAGACGGAAGCGAGGAUUAAUAAUAUUUACAUGGUUCAGAUAUUGCUGGCAAGUGAUGUUUUUAAUUCUAGGAAACCCUUAGUGAGCUUACUUAUUGAUUGAGUCCUACCUCAGAUUUAAAUGAAGGAAGGUGCCCUGGAAGUAGGGAUAUAGAGUUGGCAUGGAAAAGCAAGGAGAGACUGUACUUCGCCCUGCAUUUAUGAAAACACUGAUCUUGUUUCCUUUGGAUAAGGAAGGAAACUAGGAAUUGUAUCGCAGCUACCAUCACAAAGGUCGCUGGACCAGCAGUAGUCCCACACAGGGGUAAGGAUGGAACAUUGCAUCGUCACUCAAACCUGAACCCCAAUAUAAAAAACAAGAGUGGCUGUAAGUCCUUCAAUUUGUGUGAGCUAGAGGGGAACAAAGGAAGUACACUGUAUUUACGUGCAUUACUAUAUUUUCAUUAGGUUGUGUUCCAAAUUAUGUACAAAUCUGGCAUGAAGAUAAUAUAGGGUUGUGGACACACCCUGCCCUGUAGCUCCCACAGCUCUUACUCCUGAUGUUGGUGGGAUUAUUAUUAAGUCUCUGAACUCUUAUUAUAAAAAACAAAUUCCACUGAAUGUUCUUAGGUGGCUCCCUACAAUCUAUAACUCUCAGUUUUCAGGAUUCCUGAGGGUGGGGAAGCAUCUAAGCACCAUCAAUCGAGUACACUCAGCCAUCUUCCGAUAGAUCCUUAAAUGGAAUGUGGAAAGGUUGAAUGGAAUAGGCAAGGCCCUAUUUAUGUUGUGAUCCUUGAGACAGGACUGACACACAUGGCCCUACAUUCCCUUCUUGCAUUAUUUCCACAGCACAAAGUGUGAAUAGGGCUUAUGUGCCUUGUGAACCUAAAACUGGAAGUGUGAAUAUUCUGGAACUCACCAAUUACUCAAAUGCCAGGCUUCAGGAAGUAUUGAUGAGUAGCUGAAAGAUGAUGAUCUUUGCUUGUUUGAAUUAUGCUAUGAACUGUAUGUGAAUCAUGAAUCUUAUGGCCAUUUUACAUGUGAUGAUAGAAACAACAUAUUCAAUGUGUAGAGUAGCAGCCAAAGCAGGUGUUGAUGGGCACAUGUGACAAACCAUGCACUCACUGAUAGGUAAAUGUACACACACGGAAUGGUUCUUGUGCAUCACUAUUCCCAGAUUUGACACACUUCAGUUUUGCUUUGUCAUUAAAAAUGUUGCAUGUUGGGUCUUUAUGCAUUUCCGUUGUGCACAGGGCAAUUGUCCUGGAGCGAACCUGAACAUAAAGAGAGCCUUACUGCAUGUUGAGGAACAAAUCUCAAAGGAAGAGCCAACAGCAGAAUUUCACUUGAACUGUGCUUCCUCUUCUGUGGUACUAAAUGAGGAAUUAAUGGAUAAUAUGUUGCAUCAUUGUAUGGACUGCAAGGAAUUCUUUCUUGAGACCAUACUCCUCCAUUGCCCUAGAGACUGUGUGUUUUAUUUUGUUGAAAAUCAAUAAAUACUUGUGUUUUGUUUGUG